CAGGCGGGGGGCGGCGGAGGAGCCGCCCGGCGGCGGAGGGGCGAGAGCCGCUGGGCGGCGGUGCGCGCCGGGAGCGGGAGGCGGCCCGGCCGGGUCACGCCCGCCCCCGGCCGCGCCACCGCCUCUUCCUGUCAUGGCCGCUGCGGGAGCGCGGCGAGGCGGCGCGGGCCGGCGCCCCUGAGAGCUGAGGGCCCCGCCGGGCAGCGCGGAGCGGGGACGUUCCCCCAGCCCGGAGCCGGCGGCAGGAGAUACUGCUCAAGAACCUGUUUUCCACCGCUUUCCUCGUUUUAACUUCCUCUUGGGGUCAGCUGGCUGGCAGCAUGCCUUCUGCCGAGAGCACCUCAAAACUUUUCCUGGUCCUCGUUUCUUUGCUGCUGGUGCUGCCAGGAGUUGAAGCCCUGGACGCAGGAGACACCAUCGCCUUCCUAGUAGGCCUGGCUGUCAGCGUCGUCGGAUUCUGUGCCUGCCUUGGCUUGUACGCAAGGAGAAGGAAUGGACAGCAGUGAUUUCAAGAAGAUGCUCAGAUGAAGAGAAUUUCCAAACACAGCUUGGGGUUGAGAUCUGGGGUGUAAAACUGAGCUUCAGUUAUGGAUAAUUUUCAAAAACCAUGUAGUAGAUAUUUCUGCAAACCCCUCUUACUGUGCUUAGAUAUUGCCUUAGAGAAGGGCGAGGCCUAUUUGAAUGGUGAAGGAAAACCACAAGGUGGUUCACAGAAAAUGGUUAUAAAUGCAACAUGUGACGGAGACGAUCAACAGGUUCCGCAAUUUUGGUUUCAAGGGUUAAUCAGGAGGAAGCAGCUAUUAAUCUUCCAGUCAGGGUGACAGAGCUUUGGAAGUACUCCUAACUAGAUAAGUACUCCUAACUAGCUAGCUAGUGAGCAGACUGCUUUGACUCGUGUGUGUGUGCUCACAUUCUUUGUAAUGACAGUUAACACCUAACAGCUCACUACUGCUGUCACAGGGAUGAGACUUCAGAGAACUAAGAAAACAUGGAAAACGUUUUUUUUCUUAUGUAUUUUUAUUUUAGAAUGUGCCUCUCCUGUAGCCUGUGUUCUUCUUACCAAGUAGAUACACUUCAGAAUGGGACCACUAUUUUUCUUUAGCGUGUAUUUCACAGAAAAGUACAUGUAAGGUUACGCAAAUCAGAUUAAGAAUAUUAUUUUUUUUCUCUUGUUUAUUUUUUGUACUCAGCUUUCCUUUAGGCACACCAGGUUGAAGGCUUAUUUCAUUUGGUGUUUGUAUUUUUUUCCCAAAACGUUAUGUCUUAUUAUGAGGAAUUACAUGUAGUAUUUCUGCAUUAGGGAAUUGUUAGAAUUAUAACAAGAUGGUUGUGCACGUUUCUUUUGCAAUAUGGAAAGAACAUGUUUUGUUAAAGUCUUGGGUUUAGUCAACAGGUCCAUUGUUCUCAAGUGUCUUCCUCAUGACAAACUUACGUUGCUAGCUAAACAUUUAGGCUUUUUACCGAAUCGAUGCAUAUGAGUUCCAUAGAAGAUUAGGACCACAACCAAAGUAAAAAAUCCUGAUGCAAAAUGGGAGAUGUAAAUAGUCUUAUUCUAUUCAUGCUCAGUCAGAUUGUAUGGUGUAUGGUUGAAAGACUCUACUCAGCAGCAUAUCCAGGACCUGUUUCUUUCCUUAAGUACCAAAAGUGAAAUGGCACAGCCAAGAAUGUGUACUGCAGGUCCCUCUGGCUUAGGGUGUUCUAGCUGUCCGCUUGAGACAAGGAGCACAAUCUGUAACAGCAGCAGAAUAAGGAGCAUAGAAAGGUGAGCUCUCCACAGCUCACAGAAUUUUCUUCUGAUCUUUUGCUGUGGACGCUGCCACUCUUGCUAGAAGUCUUGACUUUUAUCUUUCAGAGCUGGGGAAAAAGGUUAAAUGUGAUGCAGAGCUAUGCAUUCUGAUACUAUUCCUCCCCUUCCUCUCUAAGUGUCUCUGUUCAGCAGAGCACAAAGCAAAGCAGGUCUUAGAGAAGUAAUUGAGUGGGCAGAUCAUGUUCUCCCAGUUCGAAGAUUUCUGUAUUCUAUAUGCCAUUUGUGGCUGGCUUGGCUUCUCUCUCCAACCUCUGAGGAGACAGAAGCCCUGGUUAUUUCAGUCUUGCAAUUUAUUUCCCUCUGUCAUGGUUGGUAGAGAGAGGAAGGUAAAAGGAAAGCUUCCAAAAUUGCAAUGGGGCUGAAACUGUAGGACUCAACCCAGCAAGCCACAAGAAUGUAGGUUUCUGCUCUCAAGUUACAGGAAUAAUAAUGGUCACAAAGUUACUCUGAUGAGAUCUACGUCUUGCCAGGUAGCUCUUCUUGAACCCUUUUUGUGGCUUCCAAAGUCAGAAUGGGAUAUGGUGCACAAUUACUAUGUACAAAUGACAUUUGCAGGCUUAGAGGAACUUCAGACAGUAGUGUUGCCUUUGAAGGCUGCCCAGCAGCAGUAGGUGAUCCUGUGUGUGAUUACUCAACUGGGUCAAUGGAAGCACACAUCAGGUGUGAUCUUCCAUGUUCUACUUUGGCUAAACCAUUACCCUUUUAAAAAAACAAACAAACAAACAAGAAAAACCCAUCCUCAGUUGACUUUGUAUUUCCCAGCAUUCAAGUGGUUUGUCAAUUUCUGAUCAGAAUAUUAAAUAUUGCUCUUUGAAUAGAAUAGAUGUUAUCACAAGCAGUUUUCCACAGACUCCUUUAUCUUCACUUUGGAAAAGAUCCCUGGCAAUAGUUUCACAGAAUUGUGCAACAGUUUCACUGCAUCAGAACAAAAUUUUAGCAGAGUAAUUAGCGUCAGGCAUAGGGAUAUGAGGAAGCGCGUUUUUUGCCUGAAGCUGUAUGUACUUCAUGAAAGGUGUUUGCACAGCAUAAUGGUGUUGUUUCCUGGAUUCUGACAGAAGCUUUAUUGUUAAGAGACUUGCAUUUGUCGAUGACUUGAGUGUAAAAUCGGAUACCCCUGUUUUUCUUCUGUCUUAAUAAACUUUCACGUAUGAUUUGUCA